CUCUCUCCGUGAGCCAAAAGCUAGCAGUGUUUUUUUAAAGUGUUGUUCAUAGCCGUUACCAUGUUCCCCAGGGUGAUCUUGAAGGGAACUAUGAUUAAAAAAUCUCAACAAAAGAAGAAAACAUCACCAUGCAACUACAAGGAGAGAUUUUUUGUACUGGACACCCAAGACCUGAAGUAUUCUGAACGCCGCCCCGGGAAAAAGCCCAUGCUGAAAGGUUGCAUCGAGCUGUCCAAAAUCAAGUGUGUGGAGAUUGUGUGUAGCGAGAUCCCCAUACCAUGCAACUAUAAGUACCCUUUUCAGGUUUUUCACAACAACCACUACCUCUACAUCUUUGCCCCAGACAAUGAUUGCCGUCAGCGAUGGGUCAAAGCUCUUAAAGAGGAGACAAAGCGUAACAAUUUGGUUGCGAAAUACCAUCCAAACUUCUGGAUGGAUGGAAAAUGGAAAUGCUGCCAACAAACAGAGAAACUGGCGCCAGGUUGUCAUGUAUAUGACCCAGUGGGUUAUGCUUCUAAAAAGCCACUUCCUCAACUCCCGGAUCCAGAGAUGGGACUGCGAGAUGCAGGUCAGAGGAAGGUUAUCGCCCUGCAGGACUACACACCGCUCGGAGACGAUGACCUGCCCCUUCACAAAGACAAGGAGUACAUCCUUAUUAAAAGCUCCCACUCUGACUGGUGGGCCGUACAGGAUGACAAGGGGAACACAGGCUUUGUACCCAGUAUUUACGUGGCUGAAAAAUCCGGCAACAACUUUCAGAGAUUUGAAUGGUACAACAAAAACAUAACCAGAGGGGAAGCAGAGGUUUUGUUAAUGAAACAGGGGAAAGAAGGUUCAUUUAUGGUGCGUGACUCCAGACAGGCAGGAGUCUACACAGUGUCAGUCUUCACCAAAGCGGCGGGGUCGAAUGGGGAGAAGAAUCCAAGAGUGAAACAUUACCAAAUUAGACAGACAGAAACGGAAGAGGCCACAUACUACCUGGCAGAGAAGUACCUGUUCAGCACCAUUCCUGAGCUCAUCUAUUACCACCAACACAAUGCUGCUGGCCUGAUAACGCGUUUGAGACACCCUGUAUCUCAAGAUGGAGGCUGCUCUCAGGACAUUGCUGAUCACUCAAAAGCAGAUCAGUGGGAGGUGGACCCUGAAGAGCUGACCCUGGGUCAGGAGUUAGGCAGUGGCCAGUUUGGGCUGGUGCUGGAAGGGAGAUGGAGGGGGAAGAGGGUGGCGGUGAAGAUGGUACGAGAAGAGUGCAUGUCAGACGAGGAAUUUAAAGAAGAGGCAAGGGUCAUGAUGAGAUUGUCCCAUUGUAAGCUGGUUCAGCUCUACGGCGUGCGCACCCGCUGUUCUCCCAUGUGUCUGGUGUUUGAGUUCAUGGACAACGGCUGUCUGUCAGACUACCUGCGAGCCAGGAAAGGCCGUUUGUCUCAGGACACCAUGUUGGGGAUGUGUCUGGAUGUCAGUGAGGGGAUGGCUUACCUGGAGAACUCCAACUUCCUCCAUAGAGAUCUGGCUGCUAGGAACUGUCUAGUUUCAAAGAACAAUGAGGUGAAGAUAUCUGACUUCGGCAUGACCAGGUUUGUGCUCGAUGAUCAGUACACAAGCUCCCAGUGCUCUAAGUUCCCGGUCAAGUGGUCGGCCCCUGAGGUCAUCAAGUACUGCAAGUUCAGCAGCAAGUCCGACGUCUGGUCAUUCGGUGUGCUCAUGUGGGAGGUAUACAACGAGGGCCGUCUUCCUUAUGAGAACCGCACCAAUGGUGAGGUGGUGGAAUCGCUGAACUCAGGCCUGAGGCUGCUGAAGCCACGCUUGGCCCCAGACGCCGUCCACCAACUCAUGGAGUGGUGCUGGAAGGAGAAACCAGAAGAUCGUCCAUGCUUUGCUGUCCUCCUGCAUCAGCUGGCCUCCCUCUCAGACCUGUGAAGAUAAGAGUCGAGGUUGAAAACUAUAAGAAUAUUUAUUUAUUUAUUGAAUUAUUACCAACUGCGUGUCAAAUGUUUUUCAAAAGUGUCUUCCGAUUCAGAUGAUUACAAACAUAAGACAGUUUCAAAUUCCUGGAUUUUGCACUUUAUCUGUUUCAUACCUUUGCAUAUACAGUCUGUUCCUAAGUAGGCUCUCACAGUCCAUUCACACAGCUACUGCUGCUUACUGUAGGUUUAUAUUAUGGUUUCAAAUAUUCUAUAAAGUCUCUGUACAGCAAAUGGUGAGGUAGAAGAAAUUGUUAUAUUGUUUAACCCACUGU